AAUAAACAGAUCGUAGAGGUUUCAUUUUGGAAGGUUUCCGUAUCGCACUCGGAUCAAAGAUUGAAUCUGGGGCUCGCCGAUGACUUGCUGCGAAAUAUUUCCCGUUCUCUGAUCAUAUCGGUCCAUUUUAACGUGUACACAUUUCGCUGGUGGACCUUUAAUCACAAGAUACGAUAUCAACGCGAAAGAUUUUACGCGAUUUCACGUAAUCAUGCUGUGUUGCAAUUUGUCUAGCAAUGAAUAAUGCCUGAAAAUUGGUUCAUUGCGAUAAAACAAUGAAAUAAUCGGGGGUACAACCGUGACAGGGACAUUUCUAUUCGAUCCGUAGUGUUAAAUAGUUCAGACAAUCUUAUUUCGUGCCCAGAAUUCAGUGAUCACUCAUCCACACACGACUUAGGCAGUGAUUAAAAGUGCGCAAUGGAAGAGCCUAGACGUAAGCUUGGAACGCAAAUAAUUGCUGGCUUGGCAGCAUCGCUUGGAAUGCUCUGCACGGGUUACCAUUUCGGUUGGUCGUCACCGUCUCUGCCAAAAAUUCAAGACCCCGAAUCGGAGACUCACUUGACAUCGGGUGAAGGGGCAUGGGUCAGCAGCAUAUUCAAAUUUGGAUCCAUGUUGAGUCCGUUGGUAGUUAUUGUGGUGGUUAAAUUUGCUGGCAGAAAAUGGCUACUUCUGUUGACGGCUAUUCCGCAAAUAGCCAGUGGCAUCCUGUUAGCUGUAGCGCCGAGCUUUUGGUGGUUUAUGGCCGCAAGAUUCAUCGCAGGAAUCGGCUCCGGCACCGCGAAUAUGGCGGGAUCGUUGUACAUCGGAGAAAUAGCCGACGAUAAGAUCCGAGGUGCCCUUGGUGCGGGAAUUUCUCAGAUGUCGAACUUGGGAAUACUGGUGUCCUAUUGCGUCGGGCCAUGGGUUAGCAGGGUGGCUCUUGCGGGGGUGGGAAUAUUCUUGCCCGUGAUGUUUUUUUUGAUCUUCGUUUGGAUGCCAGAGUCCCCUUAUUAUUACGUGAUGCAAAAUAAGCCGGAAAAAGCAACCAAAUCUUUGGAAUGGCUCAAAAGAAGUAAAGAUGUAAAGUCGUAUCUCGAUAAGAUCAAAGAGAGUAUCGAAUACGAUCAACAAAACGCGGCAAGUGUAAAGGAUCUCGUAGUGGUACCGGGAAAUCGAAUGGCGCUGAUCAUCAUCCUCGGUCUGAUAUUCGCCCAGCAGUUGAGCGGCAUAACGGCGAUUCUCUCGUACAGUGGUACCGUUUUCGAGGCAGCCGGAUCAAGUCUGGAUUCAAGCAUUUCCAUUGUUAUUGUCGGAGUGGUCCAAGUCCUCAGUGGUAUAGUGUGCGUUUUCACCGUGGAUCUGGCAGGACGAAAACUGUUGCUACUCAUUUCAUCUGCAGGGUCAGCCCUUUUCUUAGUAGGCGUUGCCCUUUAUUUCCAAUUGAAGUCCGGCGGAGUUGACGUGAGUUCGAUCUAUUGGCUUCCGUUGGCCAGUAUGAUCGGAUUCAUACUCAUCUAUUCGGUCGGAUUGGGAACAAUUCCCGGCGUUAUGCUUUCGGAGCUGUUCCCGUACAACUUGAAGGCUGCGGCUGGCAUGAUAGUCGUUUCAGUAGCGGGUCUGUGCGGACUCGCCGUCACGAAGCUUUACCAAGUCGUUGCCGACAGCUUGGGAAUCCAAACUGCGUUUUGGGGAUACGCGGCUCUCACAGUAUUCUCCUUCCUGUUUAUUUUAUUCUUCGUGCCCGAGACGAAGCGGAAAUCUCUCCAAGAAAUUCAAGAGCAACUCCACAAAACUACGGAGUCAACGACGGCGUUGGAAAAAUCUGCCUAUUGACGAAAUAUGGGUCAAGCUCAUCUGGAUUUUGAAAAUAGAACUUAACAAUUAAUGUAACUAUGGUUGAUCCAUCACGCGACACUGAUUUCAGAAAUUUUGUUUGUGUAAAUAAAUUUUCCUUCCAUGCUA